AUGGCGUCCUCUCCUUUCAACGUUCUUUACGCUCUUUUUGCUAUUCUAGGAUUCACGGCUAUCGCAUCCGCUACCUGUAAUCCUCUUGUUAACACAACAUGUCCUGCCGAUGACGCUCUUAGUACCGAACACACAUGGUGGCUCAACUCCACCCUCGACAGCAAGCUAUGGGACAUGGAAACCGGCACCGCCGACUACACCAGCACAGGCGCUGACUUCUCCAUCAAAACCGAGAACGCAUCCACUCUUUUAGUCUCGAACUUCUACAUUUUCUUCGGCGUCAUGGAGGCACAUGUCAAAAUGUCUCCAGGCAGGGGUAUCGUCAGCAGUGUGAUCCUGAUGUCAGAUGACGAGGAUGAGAUCGACUGGGAGUGGGUGGGAUAUAAUACGAGCUCGGUGCAAUCUAAUUUCUUCGGAAAGGGCAACACGACUACGAGCGACCGCGGAGGCUUCCAUACUGUCCUCAACGCCGAUACCGAAUACCAUAACUACACCUCAUACUGGGAUAAGGAACGACUGGAGUGGUGGAUUGAUGGCGAUCUCGUGAGGACUGUCAACUACUCCGAGCCGAAGACGCUUUAUGGAAAGAACUAUCCGCAGACACCCUGCCGAGUCAAGGCCAGUGUUUGGCCAGUUGGCCUUGCGAGUUCAUCCGUUGGCAAUAUUGAAUGGGGUGGUGGUCUUGUUAAUUGGGACGAUCUUCCUUUCACAAUGAGUAUACAACGGAUCCGCGUGAAGGACUUCUCCUCUGGAAAGGAGUAUGAGUACGAAGGAACCAGCGGCACAUACGAUAGCAUCAAGAUUGUCGAUGGAAAUUCAACCGCAAAAGCAGAAAUCGAGAAGACACCAUCGAAAACUUUAGCCCAAAAAUGGGACGACCUGGGAGAAGGCGCUCAUAUUGGUGUUUACUGUGGUGCUGCUGCCGCCGGAGGACUCUUGGUUGCUCUCUUCGGCUGGUGGUGCAUAAGACAGCGACGACAGGGUCGACUGCAAAGGGCACUCAACGAUGGAAACCAUGGCGAAGAGCUCGCAUCGAUGGAGAAAUCCCAAAACCAGUGGGCUCAGUCGAGAUGGGGUCGUCAAAGUUAUCAGCCGGUGCCCUAG